AUGAGUUGUUUAACCCUGUCACUAAGAGAGUUGAAAAGACCACAGCCACCUCUCCAGGUGAAAUCUGUUUCAUCUUCUAAUGAUAUGUGUAAGAUGUUUAUGGCAUCCAAAGAUUUAUUCUGUCAAUCUAUUGAGGGUCAUCAUACAAAAAAGUUAAUGGAACAAGUUGUGGAUUGGAUGCAAAUAAACCAAUUCCAAUAUAAAAGUAAUAGUAGUAAUAAGAAUACGAAUAAUAAUCUUAAUGGAUCCAAUGAAAGUAUAAGUGGACUUCCUACCAAUACAUCUUUAGCACUGGUUAUUAAAGGGUAUGGAUAUAAGAGAAGUAUGGGGCCUAGUUUAGUGGCAAAGAUCAAUGAUAUACAUAAAUUGGGGAAAUAUCUUGUUUCAUGUCAAGUAGCCGGAAUGGAUCAUGAAAUUUUAUUAAUAAAGCCAGAUUUAUCUUUAUGUAUUACUACGGGAGAUACCAUUGAAUUAUUUGUCAAGACCAAAAUUAUCAAAACCAUUAACGGGAAAUCGAUGGAUUUAUAUUUGAAUUGGAAGAUAAUACGCUAA